AUUCUAUGUAAAGAAUUUUUGACCCCUUAAAUAAAUGGUAUGGAUUGCGCACCCAAAAAUUCACUUGGGAGGCUGUAAAUCCGCGACCUACCUACCUAUAGUUACCCGCAGAAAUAUUUAUACCGUAACGCAAAAAAGAGAAGCAUGGAGGGAGUGUCUCAUUGCUGAACAAAGGCAGUUGAGUAGUUCUUCACUAUUCACCAAAAACAAAUCACUUUUUGGCACUUUCCGUGAUCGUAAGUAGCACUUAGCUUCGCGUGUCACGUUGGUGGGUGUGUGCUGUGGGAUUCAUUCAUCCACCGUUAUACACACGGCAUCAACGAUCUUCUCCACAGAUUCAGUUCAACUCUCUGCUCGUGGCGUCUCCGACCGAUCUCAUCAAUUCCAACAUAAAUGAUUGCAAAUGACUUCCACGACGAAGACAAAUGGCUCGCCGAAGGAAUCGCCGCCAUUCAACACAACGCAUUCUUCAUGCAUCGCGCUCUCGAUGACAAUAAUCUCAGAGAUUCACUCAAAUACUCUGCGCAGAUGCUAUCUGAGCUUCGAACUUCUAGGCUUUCACCUCAUAAAUAUUAUGAACUGUAUAUGAGAGCCUUUGAUGAGCUACGGCGGUUGGAGAUGUUCUUCAAAGACGAAAGUAGACACGGUGUUUCAAUAGUUGAUCUGUAUGAGCUUGUUCAACAUGCUGGAAAUAUAUUGCCUAGAUUGUAUCUUCUUUGCACGGUAGGAUCUGUUUACCUUAGGUGUAAGGAUACUCCUGUAAGGGAGGUUCUUAAAGACCUAGUAGAGAUGUGUCGCGGCGUUCAGCAUCCGAUUCGCGGUCUGUUUUUGAGGAGUUAUCUUUCUCAAGUCAGCAGAGACAAGUUGCCUGAUAUUGGUUCCGAAUACGAAGAUGGGGAUUAUGGCAGUGUAAAGGAUGCAGUUGAAUUUGUUCUAGAGAAUUUCUCAGAAAUGAACAAGCUCUGGGUUCGAUUGCAACAUCAGGGACCCGGUCGGUUAAAAGAGAAGAAGGAUAAAGAAAGGAACGAGCUUCGCGAUCUUGUAGGGAAAAACCUCCAUGUUCUGAGUCAGAUAGAUGGCGUGGACCUUGAGAUGUACAAAGACACCGUCCUUCCAAGUGUUCUAGAGCAGGUUGUCAACUGUAAAGAUGAGCUUGCCCAAUUUUAUCUCAUGGAGUGCAUAAUCCAGGUUUUUCCAGAUGAAUACCACUUGCAGACACUUGAGACACUCUUAGGUGCUUGCCCCCAAUUACAGCCUACAGUAGACAUCAAGACAGUGUUAUCUCAGUUAAUGGACAGGUUGUCAAAUUAUGCCGCCUCAAGUUCUGAAGUUUUACCCGAAUUUUUGCAAGUGGAAGCAUUUACCAAACUAAGUACUGCAAUAAGCAGGGUGAUAGAAGCACAGGUUGACAUGCCUAUUGUGGGUGCCAUAUCUCUGCAUGUCUCUCUUCUUACAUUUACUCUCCGUGUUCAUCCGGACCGACUUGAUUAUGUGGAUCAAGUACUGGGAUCAUGUGUCAAGAAGCUGUCUGGGAAACCAAAGCUUGAUGACAAUAGAGCAACAAAGCAAGUUGUUGCACUUUUAAGCGCCCCACUUGAUAAAUACAAUGAUGUUGUGACUGCUCUGACACUUUCCAAUUAUCCUCGUGUGAUGGAUCAUCUUGAUAAUGUGACAAAUAAACUCAUGGCUCUGGUUAUUAUUCAAAGCAUUAUGAAGAAUAAUACCUACAUAUCUACCGCCGAUAAGGUUGAAGUUUUAUUUGAAUUAAUAAAAGGGCUUAUAAUAGAUUUGGAUGGAACAUCCGAGGAUGAGAUCGAUGAAGAAGAUUUCAGCGAGGAACAAAAUUCUGUUGCCCGCCUUAUAAACAUGCUUCAUAAUAAUGACCCGGAGGAAAUGUUCAAGAUAAUAUGUACAGUAAAGAAACAUAUUAUGAGUGGAGGACCAAGGCGCCUACCUUUCACUGUUCCUUCUCUUAUAUUUUCUGCACUUAAGUUGAUCAGGCAAUUGCAAGCCCAAGGUGGAGACAUAGCAGGAGAAGAAGAACCUGCAACACCCCGAAAAUUAUUUCAGCUUUUAAAUGAGACGAUCGAAGUUCUAUCUUCUCUAUCAUCUCCUGAACUGGCCCUGAGGAUGUAUCUGCACUGUGCUGAGGCUGCUAAUGAUUGUGACCUCGAGCCUGUUGCUUAUGAGUUUUUCACUCAGGCAUUUGUAUUAUACGAAGAAGAAAUUGCGGACUCCAAAGCCCAAGUAACUGCAAUACAUUUAAUUAUCGGGACUCUCCAGAGAAUGAACAUCUUUGGUGUUGAGAACAGGGAUACAUUAACACACAAGGCCACAGGGUAUUCCGCAAAGCUUUUGAAGAAACCUGAUCAGUGUCGAGCUGUUUAUGCAUGCUCACAUCUCUUUUGGGUUGAUGAUCAAGAUGGUAUUAAGGAUGGAGAGAGGGUUUUGCUUUGUCUCAAGCGUGCUUUGAGGAUUGCAAAUGCUGCUCAGCAAAUGGCCAAUGUUGCCAGGGGUAGCAGCGGACCAGUUACACUUUUUGUUGAAAUACUGAAUAAGUACAUUUACUAUUAUGAGAAAGGAAAUCCACAGAUUACCAGUGCUACUAUUCAGGGGCUUAUAGAAUUAAUCAAGACUGAGAUGCAGAGUGACUCUGCGUCAGCUCUCCCAGCUUCAGAUCCUUUCUUUGCUAGCACACUGAGGUACAUUCAAUUUCAAAAACAGAAGGGCGGUAUACUGGGUGAAAAAUAUGAUUCUAUCAAGGUGUGAAUCACUACCCUGCUGAACUGGCUUAUUUGAGAUGCUCAAAUGUACAGUUAUGCGGAAAAUCGGCCAUGUAUUUAAUCAUUGUUCAUCUUCAUCCCAACAACAAAAACAGUAAAUCAAUGUUCAUCACUUUUGCAUUAAAAUUGCAGUGCCAAGGUCAUUUCUCUAAAGCACUGUUCACAUAUGCAGUGUAAUGUUUCGUAUUAAAGCCAUAUAAAUUGAAUAUUCCCCCACCGUGCAUUAAGAUAUUUGCGGUGGCAAUAAUGCCACAUAAUACAGCAUAACUGACAUUUUCAGUUUAAUUGAACAUUUUCAGCUCACUCAUCAA